AUGCACAAACGUCCAAUUUAUACUGUAAUUGGGAAAGACGGAAGCCCACUGCCGACAGAUGACAACGCAGCUUACAUUAGAGAGGAUGGAAAAGCUAUUCCAACUGAUUCAAGCGGGAAACCACUCGGAGAAGACGGUUCACCACUGCCUACCAAUGUUUACGGUAACUACGUCGUUGAACCCCUUGAAGAAGCCAUUAGCAAGGGUUUCCCAACAGAUGAAAGUGGAAAAGUGAUAUAUCCCGUCACAAGACCAGAUGGACUCCCGGAUACUGCUGUGAGAGAAGGAGCUACUGUUCCUACCCUUGCUAGCGGAAGACCUGUUCCAUAUGUUGCUGUUAGUGAAGAUGGUAGACCUCUUCCCACAGAUCAGUAUGGCAGUGCAAUGGGAGAAGACGGCUCCCCUCUGCCCACAGAUGACACGGGACGUCCACUAGACCAUACCAACAAGCCAUUCCCCACAAACACCUACGGUGAAUACGUGGUACCUCCAUUCAGAAGACAAUCUGCCCACUGUCUUGUUUCGUCUCACAUAGAACUGAUAGUUGUUCUCGACACAUCCAAUACUGUCAAGGUCCUGGACUAUCGUGUAAUGAAGGAACUUCUCAAAAGCUUUUUGUCUGAUCAUUUCGACUUGAACAGAAACAAAGUUCGAGUUGCCGUUGUGAAAUACGGAGAAACUGCCGAGGUGCCCGUUUCGCUCGGUGACUACGACCACGUGGAUGAUCUCCUGCAUAGGAUAAGUGAAGCGAAGCGUGUGAAGGGAAAGCCAUUGUUAGGAUCAGCACUCAAGGAAGCUGCUGGAGAAAUUCUUAUUUCUGGAACAGAUGAAGUGCCAAAAUUCGUGCUACUCUUCAAGAACGGUGUCUCUUCGUGA